ACUCACGGAUGUACAUCGAAGGAUAUCUUGGUAAGGAAGGAAGGACAGAAUGUAAGCAUGGAGAUCAGCAAGGAACAGAAACUCGGGCUUCAUACCCUGGUUCAUGAUAGUAUUGGAUGGCGAGAUCAGUACAUAUCAGUAUACGUUGAAUCAAUACUUAUCGUGAUAUUGUUAUAAGGAGAAUCAACACCAAGCAACAAACACCGCAAUGUAAGCCAACUUGAGUUCUGGUUGAUCGCCACGACGACAAAAUGCUGGAAAAUACCACAGUCUCAUCCCUCGUUGACAUUGACCAGCUUCUAAGUGAUAGAAUCAGCUCUGCUGGCGUCCCUGUUGGUGGAUUGCCGUGCACCUUGGACACCAUCAAACCCCUCCUCAAGCGUGAGUUGGAAUUCCGCAUUAUUCAUGAAGGUGUCGGCAACGCAGUUCGAUUGGAUUUCGAGCGCUCCAUUUUCAACCAAAUCGUUCCUCGAACCAGUAUUGAGGCAGAGAGCCUUGAACUAAUCAAGUACGAUAGACUUGUUGGACCACCUGCAUACUCUAGCAAGGGAUGGGUAUUCAAUCGCAGCAAACGAGUCAAACGGAGUGAAGACCUUGAUUCAGAUACCGACGUACCGCAGGACGAUGAAGGCUCGGACACAGAGAUCGACGCGGACAUAGACUCAGAGGACGACGAAGAGUCAGGUGCAGAUGAUGGCGGUGGCGCGAAGCUCAAUUAUGAGGGUUCACUCGGAUCGGCGAUCCUCAGAGGAGAUAAACUAGCUGAAGAGAGUUGGGAUGACCUUGAAUUUCAAGACGGGUCGAAGAAAAAACGACGACGGGUGCACACCACUGAGACAGACCUGCAGCGUCUCUUUUAUACUAUACAGUAUCACUUGCGCAACACGCUGAAGGACGACAUCCCCUACAAAUUUGCGAUGGGUUCCCGGUACUGGACUGCAGAGUUCUCUACCACUGCCAUUCAAGACGAAUUCAACGCACAGAAGCCCGAUUUAUCCCUGUUCGACUUCGCACUCCUGAAGGAACAGAAAUCAUGGGCAAAUGUCCUGACCUUCGUGGAGCAUACCUCUUCUGAUCUUUCUAAGCAUCCAGACUUACCAAUAUAUUGGGGGGUAGCAAUCAAAGCAUAUCUAAUCAUGCGAGAGCAACCAUGGCGUCGAUUCACACUUGCCUACUCAAUCAGCGCCGAUAUGCUCCGCACACAUUAUUUCGACCGCUCCGGCGCCAUCAUAUCCCUUCCUUUCUAUAUCCACAAGCACCCCGGCUCUAUACGCCUCUGUGAUGCAUUAGCUGCCCUCACACUUCUGGAUAGCCGCCACCUGGGCCUUGAUCCCACUAUUCACGUGUGUCAUGCUGCGUGUAAUGGCAUCCAUGACAAUCUUGCAGAUGGGGCGAUAGGCUGGGUGCAAGACAACAAGCACAACGUCUAUUCAAUCAUGGCUCUGCUGUGGAAGAGUCGUGGAUUUUUCUGCAGAGGAACGGUCUGCUAUCGGGUUAGAAACAAGGAAGGAGUAGAGUACGCUCUAAAAGAUUGUUGGGUGGAGGAGUCGAAAAAAAUGCACGAACCAACCAUCCUGAAGACGCUCAAGGGUAUUCCUAAUGUCGUCGAACUUAUUGACGACUGGGAUGUCUAUUACGAGGGGCAGCCUGAUUGUACAGCGCGUAUUCGCAAGGAAUAUAACCAGGAUCAACGAGACGACACCGCAUUCUGCAAUAGAUUGCACCGGCGUCUUCUCUUGAGCCCUUGCGGAGAGCCUCUCUCUCAAUUCAACUCUAGAAUGGAGCUGAUCACGGCUUUUCGUCAAUUUGUAAUCGCUCACGGUGCAAUGAUUGAGAGACGAGUCCUACACGGUGACCUCAGUCCCAACAAUUUUGUUAUCUAUGAAGGUACUGGCUACUUCAUCGACCUCGACCAUGCUGCAAUUUUGCCAGUGGAUACGACCAGCACUUAUUCACCUGGUACUGGUACUAUGCCAUACAUUUCCAUCCGUAUUCUCGAGAGCAUGAUGGACAUGACCCUCCCGGACGCCCACACCAACCUGGGUGACAUUGAUCCGGGCAAGGACACCAAUGAUGUUCAACGGCUGAUUGAACACAAGCCCUCUGAUGACCUGGAGUCAUUGUUUUAUAUAUUUUUUGAGUUUGUUGCGAAGUAUGGGGGGCCGCGCGGUGAAUUGUCACCAUCCUGGACUCGAGACUCGCUGCCAUGGGCGAGUGCCUAUGAGGCCUUGGGCAAGGCCGAUCUCAGAGGGCUUCUGAGCACCUGCUGUUUCACGAAAGUGGGGGUCGUCAUGAACCCAACUUUUAUGGUGAAGAUGACCUCGGAUUACUUCGCAGCGUUUAGGCCUCUCGUCCAACAAUGGCAGACUUUGGUUUGCCUCGCGAACAAGCCCGAGGAGAGAGAGAGAAUAGAGACCACUCACGAGAAGGUUCUCGAGAUUUUGACCGCGUUUAUCGACACCUAUGUUGAAACCGCACCUACUACUAACCCUCAGCAGGGUCCGCUUCCAUAGAUCAUCCUCCAAUUCCCGAGGCAGGAC